GUGACUCUGCUUCCAUUGCUGCAGAGGAACAACAGGCUCUGUGACAAAGGCUCCCUGACGCUGCCCGGGGGGACCCCAAAUGUCGAGACAGGGAAGGGAUGGAAGAAAGCUUUGAGACAUUUGAAGAGGAGUUAGGGCCACCAAGAGCAGAUCCUCCUCCACAGAAGUCUGUUCGGCAGAUCCACAGACCAGAAAUGUACGCUACAAGGAAAAUCAGAGAGGAAAUGGCUUCAUUUCCACAGCAACCAAGAGCAGAACCCAAGAUUUUACCCAGGGAACCCAGCUUCCCCAGAACAACAUCCUUGCACAAAGCUUUGUCCAUCCAAAACAUGACCCAGAUUGAAACGCCGUGGGAGAAUGUCACCCUCAACCGCUGUCUGUUUGUGGCCAUUACCAUCCUGGUGCUCACCUCAGGCUUUCAGAGGCUUCAUGAAACUCUGCGCGGUCAAAGGACAGCAGAGCAGGAGGAAGAAGUUGGACUGACAGUGAGACGGUCGGGCACAUUACGACACAGAGGACAACCACCGGAGCCUGAGACAACUAUUUGGGAAGUCAUGUUUUGGUGGCUGCCAGACCUUGAUGAUGAAGAGGAGGAGGAGGAAGAUGAUGAUGACGAUGAUGGACAAGUCAAAAGAGUAAAGUCAAAGAGAGGAACAUCAAGCAGUCUCAGAAACAAGCCACUGCCAGACAAAAAACUCAUGAAGCAAAGUGAAGGAAAAUUAAAGGGCAGGAGAGCUAAGAAAGCCAGGGAUGAAGAAAUCAAAGUAAAACAAGAAAUAGAUAAAACAGAGGAACCUGAAGAAGUAGCAGAUGAAGAAGAUAAGGAUGAAGGAAAUGAGGAGGCAGAGCCUGAGAAGAAUGAAAAGCUGCAGGAAAAGAAGAAGAAAAAGAAGCAAAAGGGAUGAGUGGAUUCUUUCUAAGGCAGUAAUUUGUUUUAACAAUUUUCUCCUGGAUAGAUUUAAUUACAUUUAUUAAAAGGUGGUAAUUUGAAUUAAAUAGAUUUUCCCUGUCAAAUCUUUCAGAUACCACCACUGAGACCUGAAAGUUAAAUUACCUCAAUAUCAACGUGUUACAGAUUGGUUUCUUUGCUAUAUGUGAUUUUGUGUAAUGGAGCUUUGAAUUUACCUGGUAAGACAUUUGCAUUUUCAUUUCAUGUUAUGAUUGCUUUAUUUGAAAUCUGUGUG